UUCAAAGAGAGCGAUACAGAAAGAAUGAUUGUCAAAGACCGGCUUAAAAUUAUUUUGUUUGUAAACAUCAUUUUAGUUUGUUUAUUAAACAAUAAAGUGAAGACAGCCAAAACUAUUAAUAAGGCAUAUUUGAUUGAAGAACAGAAAUUUUUAACAUGGCAGAAGGCAGUCGACUAUUGUAAAAACAUGAGCAUGUCUCUCUUCACAAUUGAAAACUAUGAUGAAUUUGAGUAUUUAAAAUCGAUCAUAAAAGCUAAAUAUGGUCGCAUCUUCCCCUAUUGGUUGGGUGCCUAUAAAGUUAAUGGUAUUUUCAAGUGGAUUGAAAAUGGUGAAAAUAUAAAAUUAUUUUUAUGGCAUGCCGGAGAACCGAACGAUAAAAGUGGCCAUGAGAAGUGUAUACACACAUGGGAGAAUGAUUUCGAUUGGAAUGAUAAUGACUGUGAAAGAGAAUUACCAUUUAUAUGCGAAUUAAAAGAAUGAGUGGACAGAUUAUAAUUAUAGACUUCACCGUGAGUGGCAAGGGUCCACAUUCCAUAGUUUUCACUUGCGUCCCCAUAAAGUAUAAAUAUUCUGGAUCAUUUUAGAUAGCGAAGUCGAUAUAGUCAUAUCCGUCUGCCUGUCCAUCUAUUUGUCUGUUGAAAGCAUCUUCCCGAAGUCCCCUGAUAACUUACAUACAUCAUUGAUAAGUCAAUAUAUCCGUUAUAGUCCAACUUAGAUUGCUAUUUAAAAUCGACAUUUUUUUAAUGGCUCAGAUUUAAGCAAAAAUCUUGGUUUUACUAUAUAUGUAUGUAGAAAUUAUUCAUCAAAAUUUCCAAUUUUUUUUUUGCAACAAAAAAAUUUUUUUUAAAAAUUAUUUUGUAAAAAAAGAAAUUUGGAAUAAAAAAUUGGAAAAAUUCCCAAAAAAUUAAUUUGUCUAAAUUUUUUUUCACCAAAUGUUUUUCUAUACCAAACUUUUUUUUUACAAAAUAAUUUAUUUUCAUUAAAAAAAUUGUUUUUAAUAUUUAUUUUAAAGUAUACUUGGUGAAGGGUUUAGAUGAAUCGGUACUGAAGAGUAUAGCACUCUUAAUUGGUUUUACUAAUGGAGUAUAUUUUUAGGCUUAAAUAAUAAGAAAAAAUUCAAAUUAUAUUGAUAAUGCAGUGUUUGUGGGCGAAUUGUUUUAAAAUAAAAUUAUGGAUACAAA